AUGUAUAAUUUUCAUUUUGUUGUCAAUCCAAAAGAGAAACUGAAUUUUUCAAAUCAGAAAGCUUAAAUUCAAAUCCAAAACAUUACCAGAUAUCAUUUGGCAUUUAAAGUACUCUUUUUUGUAAUGAUAGUUACUUAGAUCAGAACAACUAACAAUGUAGAUUUUAAAGUGAUUGGAAAUAAAGGCAUCCUCAAUCCAAUGACUACAAAUAUAAUCCAAAUCAUAAGCAAUAAAGAAGUUGUAUAUAAUAAUAUUCUAGAAUAUCGCAAAGGCAAAGUUUUAGAUUAUGACAGUGAUUAUCAAUCCUAACGAUAACAUUGACACUGCCUUUUAGAGAGCCAAUUCAGAACAGAUCCAAACGGAGACGUUGAAAACGAAGCCAACCUUUGGAGAAGACACUUAGUCAUUAAUUUCGGAUACUUCCUUUUUCAAAUCAACAGUGGCUCCCAAACAAAUUGUUCCUCUUCCUCCUAUUGAUCAAAUUUAGAUUUCCACAAGUGAAAAGAAGGAAGAAUACUAGCCAACUGUUUUCCAUUUGUUGUUUGUUGGAGCAGCAUGUCUUUUAAUUGGCUACUUUACGCAUAUGUUCAAGAGUGGUGGUAGGAAUUGUUGA